GACGUGACAUCCAACGAACAAAGACCUGAAGACAGCCUGUCAGGGAAACGUCAUUCAGACCCAACAAUUAGUUCAAAUGAAAGACAGGCGUGAUAUAAUCCAUGCAUGAUAUACCUUCAAUAGAUUGUUUCGUCUAACAAGCAGUCAUGGCUACGCAGAAAACAGCUGCAGCUGUGUUGUUGAUGCUAAUGGCAACUACGGCUCGUCUUUUCGCCGAAGGCUACUCCAGAAAUGAGUUUGAGAGGUUUUAGUCUAGUUAAGAAGUAAAGGAAGUCUUAUAACAAGCUGCAAAGAUUAUUACUUAGUGCAACAGAACAAGAUAUGGCUUCGAAGGCGACAGUUGUAUUGUUAUUCCUGUUGGGUAAUGCACGUUUUUCCGCCGAAGACAACGCCAAAUUUUCGGCUCGUUUUUCCUUUUUUGAAAAUAAGAGGCUGAAAGGAUAUGUUGCUAGACGGUUUGAUUCACGCAGAUUGUUAUCAUGCGGUCAGCAAUGUCUCAAAAAAACCUGGUGUACUUCCAUCAACUUCAAGUUUUCCACAAAGAGGAAAGACGAAGGAACUUGUGAACUGAACAAGCACGAGAUGUCCAUCGUUGACGAAAACAACAAUUUUUCUGACGACAAAGGAACGACUUUCUCGCUGUUACAUAGGGUUUGUGAAAAAGGAUGGGUUCUCCAUGCUCGAUCAUGUUACCUUGUCCUCGACGCCCCAACGCAGAGUUGGACUGAAGCCCGCAGGAUUUGCAAGAGCCAUGGGGGAGAUCUACCAGUAAUCAGAUCUGCCGAUGAGAACAAAUUCAUACGCAAGUCGGUGCAAGACUUGCGUGUAUGGAUUGGACUUUACAGAAAAUCGGAAAAUGAGUUUUAUUGGAUUGACGACACUCCUGUGACAAGCCAAUUUUCUUCAUGGGCAAAAAGAGAACCGAGCGAUAAAGAGAAUGAGGAAUGUGUAUAUAUGUAUGCCGGAAAGGAUCCUAAAUUUGGAAAGUGGAAUGACGCCCCCUGCGACUUUCCGCGUAAGUUAAAGAUUGCGGCACCUUCAACUAUUUGCCAGAGGGGCCUAUUUUGAUUCAACUCAUCCACUGACCCCAUCUUAGCGUUGCGUAGAUCUGUUGUAACUUUUGUUAAAAGCGUCGAAAUGGAGAGAUUAAGAACGAUUUAAGAUGCACUUUGAUCUGAGUAAAUGGACUUGGCCCUCGUUGGCCUUUGUGAAGUUUCACUCGUAGGUUUUCUUUUUGUAUCAUUGAUGAUUUGGUAUGUAGAGUUCCAAACACAGCUGUAACUUAUUAUUGUUACCGCGAAGUUAAGAAAUAGGCAGUCUGUGAGUGCAUGUA